GGGUCAGUCUCGUACUGUUACCAACAAGCUACGCUAUAAGAGCCCUCUCCCACCGUCCGUCUCUACAACUUCACCAACCCCCUUAGCUCCAUCCCUCCCAAACCCUAACCCUCUGAAAAUUCUCUGAUCGCUCUCUUGCACGAUCUCUUCAUCAAGGCAGAUGGAAGGUGGUACUGUUCUUCGAUCUUCUUCCACUCUUGCCAGACCUUCAAAUUUCACCGCAAAAUCCACCGUUUUCGCUACUCAGCGGCCCGAUUUCGUCUCCUUCCGUACGAAAUCCAGUCCAUCGACGAACGGAUGGAUUAAGAAUUGCCCUUCAUUUUCUACUUCCAAGCAAGGGCAGAGACGUUUCGGAAGCAGGAGACUCACCUGUGUUCGGGCAUCUUCUACAAGUGACGCAAAUGGGUCAUCGUCGUCAGCAGCUUCAAUUGCUCCUCUUCAGUUGGAAUCGCCAAUUGGACAAUUCUUAUCGCAGAUUUUGAUGAGCCAUCCUCAUCUCCUACCUGCUGCUGUUGAUCAACAGCUCCAGCAGCUUAAGAUUGAUCGUGAAGCAGAGCAACAGAAGGAAGAUCCUUCCACCACUACUGGCACCGAACUCGUUCUGUACAGGAGAAUUGCUGAGCUAAAAGCCAAUGAGAGGAGGAAGGCUCUGGAGGAGAUUUUGUAUGCAUUGAUUGUGCAGAAAUUCAUGGAUGCUGGUGUCUCGUUGAUACCCACAAUAUCCCAGCCGUCGGAUCCUUCUGGUAGAGUUGACUCGUGGCCAAGCCAAGAGCAGAAGCUCGUGGAGCUCCAUUCUCCGGAGGCUUAUGAGAUGAUAAAGAACCAUCUAGCACUUAUAUUAGGUAACCGGCUGGAGGAUUCAAAUUCCGUGGCUCAGAUAAGCAAGCUCAGGGUUGGGCAAGUCUAUGCAGCUUCUGUCAUGUAUGGGUAUUUUCUCAAGAGAGUGGACCAAAGGUUCCAACUCGAGAAGACAAUGAAAACCCUCCCAUUUGGUUCAGACGGUCACGAGAGUUCCAUUGAGCAUGCCCUCCCUGAUGAGUCGAGGCCCAAUGUUGGGGCGGCCCGUGUUGAGAAUGCCUCAUGGUCUGGUGGCUACAGCCCUGGCGGGUUUGGUUACGGGGUCAAGGCCACCAAGCUUCGAUCCUACGUCAUGUCGUUUGAUGCUGAGACACUGCAGCGGUAUGCAACAAUUAGAUCCAAGGAAGCCGUCGGCAUAAUCGAGAAACAUACCGAGGCCUUGUUUGGAAGACCGGAGAUUGUUAUCACGCCUCGAGGAGGCAUUGAUUCUUCUAAUGAUGAGGUCAUAAAGAUUAGCUUUGCAGGCCUGCAGAGGCUUGUGUUGGAGGCCGUGACAUUCGGGUCUUUCCUCUGGGAUGUCGAGAGCUAUGUAGAUUCGAGGUACCAUUUCGUGGCGAAUUAACACCAAAAUUAGAAUCUGUGGGCACGCUGAGCUUUGAGAGGAGACAUCCAACCUACGAAAAGCAGCUGCCUAAUGGAAUAAAAACGGCUGUAAUUACGCUGGUACUAAUUCUUCACUCAAAAUCAAAUCUUUCUGUAGGCUAAACAUGGGGAUUCCAGGCAUAUUAUGAAAUUUGAGAUUUCUUUGUUCCUGUUUUCGUAUCAUGUGGAUCAAUGUGCAUAGGUGAAAUCAAUGCCUUUGUAGUGUGCUGCCCCCUUGUUUAUCACUACAUACUUUCUUGUAAUCCAAGUUCUUGCUUGUGGUUUGUAGAUGAAAAAUAUGCAUCAAAUGAUGAACUCUUUGGUCCA